AUGCGUCUCUCCAGCUUCGCGCUGUUGGCUACUGCUGCCUUCCUGGCAAUCGUGCCCAAUGUCUCGGCAGCUACCGUAUCAGCACUCCAGCUCCCCGCUGCCAUGCACUCGAGCACUGACGACUUCAUAACUCCGAAGAGAAUGGUGAGGGGUUAUGAUGACGGCGACGAAGAUAGGGCCGGCAUGGACAAGGUUGCUGGUCUGGCUAAGGAGAGCGUGUCAAAACUUGCGAAGGCGAGCUCUUACUGGGCUCGGCGCAUGAAUGUGGGCCAAGUUAUGGACAAGCUAAAGUUCGGAGACGACAUCGUGGCGACGCUGGAGAACCCGAAGAUCAACACUUUCGCCACGUACAUCGAGUUGCACAACAGCAUGAACUCGAAAAACAAGCUCUCGGUGGUCGGUACGCUCUCAGCGCGCUAUGGAGACGAUGCUGUGGCACGGGCACUCGUGACUGUCCAGAGAAAGAAUGACGCUGCUACGAGGGACCUUAUGGUAAAUUUGCGCAAGCAGCAAAUCAACGAUUGGCUGGACAGCAAAUCCGUGGACGAUGUGUUCAAGCUACUGAAGUUGCGAGCGGAUGGGUACGAAGCUCUGACUAGCCGGAAGUUGGAGGUGUUUGAGGAAUACAUCAAGGCGUUCAACAGUAAGACAGGCAGACAGGUGUCGCUGUACUCGGCGUUGAAGACGGGUUUUGGCGGAGACAGUCAACUGGCGUCGAUCCUCCAACGGGCAAAGACGGACUUUCGUACGCAACAGAAGGCCGUGCAGUUGGAGGAUCAAAUGAUCAAGCACUGGAUUGGGAGAAAGCUGCAGCCUGAACAUGUCUUGGAAGAGCUAAAGCUGAAUGGUGACGCGACGAAUGCUCUCAUGAGCAAUAACCUGUGGGCGCUGGACAACUUCAUUACAGCCUUCAACAAGAAGAAUCCGAACAUGAAAACGUCGUUGCUUAGUACGCUCACGAAUCACUAUGGAGAUGAAAAGAUGUCGAGGGCGCUGGUGACUGCAAUGAGAGACCCGAACACGCGGGAAACAGCGACGCGGCUGCAGACUAAACAAUUGCAGGGCUGGUGGGACAGUGAAAAGUCCAUUGACGACGUUUUCGUCAACGUGCUGAAGCUAAAGGAAAACCCGACGCUGACCAUUGCCAGCCGAAAGUUGGAUACGUUGAACGAGUAUAUCAAGCUCGUCAACAUCAAGACGUCUAGCCGGAUCACGUUGCUGCAGACUCUGACGAAACACCUUGGCGACGGUGACUUGGCCAUCAGUUUGGUGAUGGGUAAGACGGUUCAAAGCACGCAUGUAAGAUCAAGAGCGGAGAAGUUGCAGACUGCGCAGUUCAAGAAGUGGGAUAAUGAUGGAUACGACAACAUUAGCGUCCUUACCCAGAUAUUCAAGCUAGAUGAGACGGAGCUGAAUAAGGCGACCUACCUGCAGAAAACGGUCUCAGACGAGUUCAAGGCAUUCUACACUAGAGUGCAUCAUGUAGACACAAAUGUGACCCCUCGGCGCUCUUAG